AUGUCUCCCAAGUCAGGCCACCAACCACUUGUAUACGAUGAGAAUCUACUGGCCCAAGCGCCUGAAGUUACCCAAGGCCAACGACAGGAAGGCUACGAUGCAGAUAUCCUCAAUUCCAGUCCUCCGCCACCGUCUCGCACCCCAGUACCCAGCCAGCCGUAUCGUGACCAUCCCGAUGUUGAAUCGGGCAGCUCGGCUCACGAUAAACACAUAGCCGCCAGCGGGUACGACCAGGCCAGCCAACCGGCAAAGAAGCCAUUCUGGAAAACACCUAAAGGCAUAAUUAUUAUUGCUGUUCUUGCGAUCGCCAUCGUCGCUGUUGUAGUUGGCGUAGCUGUAGGAGUCACUCUCGGGGGAAAAGGCAACGACUCGGGUGGACAAAACCAAAACUCCACACUAAGCGCGGAUUUACCGGGCUCCACGAUUAACCCUUCUCCUACUCCGAAUCCGAGCCUUGUUUCUGGCCAGCCUGUAGACACUGUGGGUCUAAGCACUCGUACAAACCCUGGUUCAGCCUCACAGACUGGAUCUGCAACUACCUCUCCCACUGGCUCUGGCGAUGGGUCUGAAGGUACACUGGGUCCCUCGCCUACUUCCCCCCGUCCGCCCGGCUCCCAGACACCCAACCCACCAGGCUCUGGCGAUAGCCUUUGA